GGGUGGGGGGUUAGAUGAUGGCGGAGCCGCGCCGGGUGCCGUUCAUUAGUCUGUCACCCGUGAGACGACGUGAAGGCGACACUCCGGUGCUCGAACGAGAACCUGGAGGGGGUCGCGAGGCGGAGCAGCCAUUGGUGCGGGAGGCCCUGAAACUGCAUGAACAGCAGCACCGCCACCACGAUAGUGGCCGGGCAGAGCCGCCACCGCAGCCUUUCGAGUCCUGUCCUCGGCCUGAACCUCAGUCGGUACCACUGCCGUGCGAGAUCAUCCGGCCUGAGCAGACGCCAAAGCCUCUGCUGCCACCUCAGCGGGAGCCCCCAAGGCCGGAACCGCCACCUCCGCCUCACCAGCAAUUACAGCGCGAAAGCAACCGGCAAGAGUCGCCGCCGCCACCGCCGCCACUGCGUCAGACAGUUCGCCUGGAGUUGAUGCUGAAGGAUCCAACCGAGGAGAGCUGUGUGGAGUUCAGCUAUCCCGAGUUGCUGUUGUGUGGCGAACCCCGGAAAAAGUCUGCUCUCAAUGAAGACCCAUUUAAUGAUGAAGAGCAUGAAAGGCAUGAAGUGGAAAUGUUGGCAAAGAAAUUUGAAACAAAAUAUGGUGGAAAGACGCACAAGCAUCGGAAGGACCGUGUUCAGGAUCUGAUAGACAUAGGCUAUGGCUAUGAUGAAACGGAUCCUUUCAUCGAUAAUUCAGAAGCUUACGAUGAACUGGUUCCUGCAUCCCUGACUACCAAAUAUGGAGGCUUCUACAUAAACACUGGAACACUACAGUUCCGCCAAGCAUCUGAUUCUGAAGACGAAGACUUCACAGGUGGCAAAAAGCAUAAAUCAUCUAAAGUAGCUAAAUUGAAAGAUGGUGAGGAUCGAGGCAUGAAGAAACGCAAACGAAAAGAGGAAGAGGCAGAGAAAGAGAAAAAACCUCGGAAAAUGAAAGUUUCUAAACAGCUGGGUGUUAUGGCCUUAAAUUCACACAAAUCUGAAAAGAAGAAGAAAAAGCUCUACAAGGAUUCUUUUUCACUGGCGGCUAUGAUCCGGAAAUUUCAGAAGGAGAAAGAAGCCUUUAAGAAGAAAGAACCUAAUCUGAGUCCCACAAUGGCAGCUAUCAGUUCUGUAUCUAAUAAACUCCCUGCUGCCCCCACCACUGGCGGAAAUGAUGUGUCUGACUUGAACCUCAGCAUCACAGAUCCAGUCCUCUCUAUUUUUGGCAGCACAAAUGAACGCGAGCUCCUGCAGGAAGCUGAAAAUGCCCUGGAGAUGCUGGGAGACAUUGACUUUGAUAGGCUGCUUGAUGGCACCUCCAACGGUAGUCCAGUAUCAGAGCCAUCAGGAGAGAAUGGAAGUAUCACUCAGCCCUCCCAUACCUCUGAGGUCAUGACACUGAAACAGGUGCCUGCCCUCCCAGAUGGUUUACCAGCACACUUGGAAAAGCGUGUUGAAGAUCUUAGAAUUGCUGCCAAGCUCUUUGAUGAAGAAGGCAGGAAAAAAUUCUUUACACAGGACAUGAAUAAUAUCUUGCUCGAUAUCGAGUUGCAGUUACAGGAAUUGAAUCCUACUAUCCGCAAUGGAGUGUAUUCUCACCUUGAGGCUUUUGUUCCAUGCAAUAAGGACACACUGAUAAAGCGUUUGAAGAAACUGCACCUCAAUGUUCAGGAUGACCGCUUGAAGGAACCAUUGCAAAAACUGAAACUGGCUGUCAUUGAUGUCAUGCCUGAACAAAUAAUCAAAUAUCAGGAGGACUGCCAGGCACACAGUCAGGCCAAGAAUGCCAAAAUGCAAGCAGAAGAUGAGCGUGACAAGAAUGGCUCUGAGGAGGAGGAGGAUGAGAAGCCAGGAAAGAGGAUUGCAGGACCAAGAAAAAAAUUCCACUGGGAUGAGACAGUGAGGGCUUUGCUGUGUAACCUUGUCAAGAUUAAAUUGGGAUGUUAUGAGCUAGAGCCAAAUAAAAGCCAGUCUGCAGAAGAUUACCUCAAGACCUUUAUGGAGACAGUGGUGAAGCCAAUUUGGCCCAAAGGCUGGAUGCAAGCAAGGAUGCUCUUUAAAGAAAGCCGAAGUGUUCAUAGUCAUCUCACAUCUGCUCCGGCAAAGAAGAAGGUGAUUCUGGCACCUAAACCCAAAGCAAAGGACUCUAGUCCAAAGAAGGAGCAAAGAGCCAGUACCGCUUUUACUUCAGCUUGUGUUCCUGCUUCAAGUACCAGCACACCUAUUAGUGCUCUGGCCAAUUCUAGCUGUAUCCCUGCUCCAGAGACAAUCUGUCUGGAUGACUCACUAGAUGAAGAUCUCUCCUUUAAUCCACCUUCACUGGAUUCUAUUUCUGAUGCUCUGGCUGUUAUUAAUAAUGGAGCUAAGAGUUCUCCUGUUGGUCCCUCUGGAGAGACACCAACUUCAAGACCUCGGCCUGGGCUGAGAGAAGAGAAGUUAGCAAGUAUAAUGAGCAAGUUACCUCUGUCAUCUUCAAAAAAAGUAGAGACUGGUCAGACACCACAUUCAUCAAGUCUUAUAGCUGGGCACACAGGACCAGUACCAAAGAAAUCCCAGGAUUUGCUUCAGACUGGUAUCUCUUCAGGCCUUAUUGCUGGAUCUUCAAUUCAAAACCCUAAGGUUUCAUUAGAACCCUUGCCAGCUAAGCUUCUGCAACAAGGAUUACAGAGGUCAAGCCAAAUUCAAGCUGCUUCCUCUUCACAAGCCCAUAUUUCUUCCUCCUGUAAAGUUCAGUCAACAGGUGCUUCUGCUUCACAGAGGCCAAAGGAUACAGCUGCCCUUGUAACCUCUUCAGAAGCCCAAAGUUGUGGCUCUUCAACAUUACAAGUGACAAAGGUUCACCAGCAAUCAGCUGCCCAACAAAAAUAUGUUUCUCCUCUACAAGCAACUAUUAGUAAAUCUCAGACCAACCCUGUGGUAAAACUAAGUAGCAAUCCCAAACUGUCCUGUUCUUCCCCAGUUACCAAGACUUCAGAUAAACCAGUAGUAUAUCGCCUUCCUUUGCCUAAUACCACCUCUGGGAGUAGUUCCCAGUUGGCUCACCCACUUGUGUCUCGGACAACAUCCAGCACCUCUACCUCUAGUAACUAUUUAGCCAAGGCCAUGGUAUCACAAGUUUCUGCCCAGGGUUUCAAGCCUCCUUUCCCCAUGGCUCCCUCCCCAAAACCUGCUGCCUCUCCCAAGCCCACAACACCCAAGCCUUCUGUUACAUCCAAGCCUACUGCAUCACCUAAACUGUCAUCAUCUAAGUCCACCUCAACACCCAAACCCAGUUCUUCCAGUUCAAAUGCACUAGUAUCUCAGAGUAGUCACUCCAGCAGCAACAAUUCCCUUCAUAAACAGCCAAGUGGAGUAAAUGUCAGUCGGCAGUCUCCUACAAUUAAUUUACUGCCCUCUAAUCGCACCUCAGGCCUUCAACCAGCAAAGAACCCUCAGGCCCCUUCAAAAUUAUCCAACUCUUCUGCCUCUGGAACUAUUGGCAAAAAUAACUUGAGUGGAGUUGGAAUGAAUGUACCUGUCAACAGGGGCAGCAACAUUAAUUCCAGUGGAGCUAAUAGGACUAAUAUCUCUGGAGCAGCAGGAAGUGGAACACAGGGUGCUACUAAACAAUUGUCAACUCCACAUAGACCAUCUUCUGCCUCAGGGUCUACAGUUAUACCAGCCAGUGUGCAGUCUACAACAGGUGCAUCAUUGCUGGCAAAUGCUUCACCUUUGACUCUCAUGACAUCACCCCUGUCUGUAACGAAUCAGAAUGUGACGUCUGCUCCAUUGGCUCCUUUUGGGAUGCUGGGUAGCCUUGUUCCUGUGACCGUGCCCUUUCAGUUUCCAUUGGAGCUACUUGGCUUUGGAACAGAUACAGCUGGAGUGACAACCACCUCGGGAUCUACCUCAGCAGCUUUCCACCACAGCCUAGCUCAGAAUUUACUGAAGGGUUUACAACCAGGAGCUCAGCAUGCAGCAGCCCUGUCCCACACACCUCUGCCUGCUCACUUGCAGCAAGCUUAUUCAGAUGGAGGCCAAAGUAAAGGGGACACUAAGUUACAGAGGAAAACCCAGUGAUAUCCUGAUGAACAAGGAUGCUAAAGUGGUCCUGCUUUGCUGUUGGAGACUGACCAGUUGGGAAAGUGCUUACGUGGACACAGAGCUGCUGUUUCUGUCAAUGUUUACAUAUUCUGAUCCCAAGCACUGUGGUGAGAAGAAGAAAAAGAAAACAAUACUUGAUCAAAGAGAGAAGGAAAAGGAGGAAAGUGUUCUUGUAAAAACGACUCAUAGUUUGAUCUCUUCUAAAGAACUCCCAAAGCCUUUUAUCCUUUGAGUAGCUCAGAAAAGGUUGGCCAAAUAGGGUCAGUUGUCAAACCUACAGCAGCACAAACCUUCUUUCAGGCUGAUAUCAGAUGGAGGAUAGAAGGAAGUUAAAAUAGACGUCUCCAUCCAUCAUGCAAGUGAGGCCAUCUAUCCUAUUGGCAAACUGGAGGCCCAGGGAAGUCUACAAUAUAUGCCAGUUAGGAACAUUUUUAUAGGUUUGAAUAUUGUGAAGUAUAGAGCAAAAAUAGUAAUUGUGUAGAAACAUAAAGGAAGACAUUUUCUCCAUACAAAGCCAAGGCCACUUGUCCACUAUUUCUCUUUGAAGAACCUAAGGAUUACAAAUGUCUUGUUUUGGGGAAUCUUUCACUAUAGUUAAUGCCAUUCAUGAGGACAGGGCUUUUUCUCUCUCAGAUGUUCAAAGGGAGGAAGGGAACAUUGGAAGGUAUUCUGUUACCUGUUUUAAAUUCCAUUCUUUUAAAUGGAACUUAGAACCUCCAAUUUAACUUCAGAUUUUCAGAUAUUCCAUAAGCACUAAUUUGGCUUCAUAGGCUCAAAUCUUGCUUUUAGUGUCUUCUGAAGGAAGUUUUUUUCUCCCCCCCCCCCGCCCCCACCUUUAGACUUGCUGUACUACUUCAGAGUUGCCUUAUUUUUCAUAUAUUAUUGUAGUCCAGUAAUUCCUAGUUUCCAUCCUUUGUGAAGAUAGUCCUGUAUGUGGUUCUUCUCUCUCUUCUGAUAGCUCUGAAAAGUUGCACACUUUAUUAAUUCCCAGCAAACAAAACUAAAAGUACCUUGCUUCUAUAUAAGACCUUGUUUUUUCCAGUACUGUUCAAAGCUUUCUCCAAAGAGUGGUUGAGGUGCCUUCUGCCUGGGCUUAAAAUUCAUUUCUCCAGCUUUCCUAAAGAUCUACAUGGCUGGAAGGUGUAAAACCUUACCCCACUGUUGCACAGUGAUACAACUUCUAGGCUGACUUCAUUUUCAAUAGCAAUAUGUUAGAUAUUUGGGAAGCAAAUAUAGGAAACUAUCUUGUAGUGAGGUGUAAAAUUAGUGCAAAAGGACUGUUGACUCAAAACAUAAAGUGAGAUGAAAGAUCAAGAAAGCAUGGCACAUUUCAAGGUAAAAUAUUUUUGAUCUAGAAACCAGAGUCCCUAAUAGAAAAACCUUUUUUUUCAGUUAAAUCUGAUAUGACCUGAGUUGUUUUCAGCCUGAGUUAGGGUUGGCCAGUUUUCUAACACCCCGGAAAACAGAGGCUAUCAUCCCACAAAGGUAUACGCAACAUGCAGGAGAUCAUGUACAGUUAGUGGUUUCUUUAAAACAUCUACUGCAGCCAUUUGCACUGCUGAAGAGAGCAUUUUAAACAGAUAUGCAGCUUGUCUAUUGAGCAGCACGAGUAGCUGCAGUAGACAUUUCAGAGAAUUUUCUGGCUUUGUAUAGAAGUUCUGUUUCACAUAUGCAUAUAACUUUAUUGCACAGUGACCAAGAUUAUAUUUCUGCUGUCUUCUGCCAGACAAGUUUUUUAGUUAUCAGUUUUACAGAGGAGUUCUUGUUUUUGUUUUCUGAGAAAGCCAGAUAGAUUAUCUUACUAAUUUAGAUUUUUCUCUAAUUGUAUAUGUAAAAAUAUACAUCUAUUUAAAUAAUAUAUAAUAUAUACAUAGUAACUGAAUGUUGGGUUGAGCCCAUUAAUAAAGAACUUUGCACAAAAUUGUGAAUAACAAAUAAGCUCAAUUUAAAUCUUUAACUUACCUUAAAAGAAGGUAAACAAAGGGCUUUUUGAAAAAAUUCCUUAAAUUGCUUAGUGUGGAAAUUAUUAAGUUAAGUAGCCAUAUUUGUUGAAACAGUUUUGGCUUGUAUAGUCUCCAAAGCAUUAGCUCUCCCAAAUAUUAAUUGGUUUAUUUUCUUCUCUUACUGAAUGGACUUACCUUUGAGAUAAGAUAUAUCUUAUAUCUGAGAUAUAAAUGGAGAAGCAUCUUUAUUCCCCACAAGCAUAUUUUUCAUGCAUAAACAAACAAAACUUUCAGUUCCCUGAGGGUUUGUCUCUACAGUGUUAGUUUCUUCCUUGUGGCAACCUUAUGCUUGUGUUGUCCAUUAAGUAUAUAUAUUUUUAAAUUGUAAUUACACUGAAUGUGCUAACACUUACUUUGGCAUAAAUCAAAAUAUAGAUCAGGCUUAAGAUAAAGAAUAUGGCUCCAAACCAUUGCAAAGAAAGUCCAUUAAACAUAAGGUUCCUUUUGCUAAUCAUGCAAGAAAUUUGGCCCAGGUUAUAUUACAAAAAGGAUUAUAUUUCCAGAUUAUAUUACAAAAAGUAUAUCUUUGGUAGGUAAUAUUCACUUCCCACCCUUUGUUAGUUACUAGAGGAAAUGUGGGUCAGUAAAUACUGUCUACUUAAGGGAUGAAGUGAAUAUUACCAUUAGCAGCACUAAAGUAGUGAUACAGGCUACUUUUGGGUCACUGCACGACCUCCUGUCCUCCCCAGUAUCCAGAAGCUACUUAGUUUGCUGCUUUAGUACUACUGUUUGAGCACCCUAGCACCCCCCUCCAAACACACACACUUCUCUCCAAUCUCUUAUCAGAGGUAUUUCUGUGCUAACGCUAUCGAAGGAUUGAAAGUGCUUCUGUGGGGGCAGAUGCAGUUCUGCCAACAUUGGAAGUGGGUCAGGGGCUGUUUUGGGGGGUAUCUGUACUUUAGAAUUAUAUGGGUGGUCAAAUCUGUUCUUGGAAAUCUUUUGCUUCCAGCCAUUUAUCACUUCUAGAAAUAACAUACAAACAGAAGAGAAUUAGUAGUAGUCUUAUUUCCUUUUAAGGUGUUCCAUAUUUUCAAAGUAAAAUUUUAGUUCACAUUGUUUAGGUUACUGGAGAAUGACUAGAAUAGCACAAGUUGCCUUCUACCUGCCCUGCAACAUUUUGCAUGCAUAUUCUGGUAGUGUAUUAAAUUGAUUAAUGACAGACUGGAUCAGCUGGCACAGCAAUUCAGUUGUGGCUUUUUUUUUUUUUUUUUUUUUUUUUUGCUAAAUAUCUAAACAGGAAUAAGCUGGGCAUAUGAAGAGAAAGCCCAACUUUCAUGAACAACCAACUGUAUCUUUCUGGAAAUAUUGGGGUUGCCUAAGAUAACAACCCAUCAUGGGUAACUAGCCAUGAUGGCUUUUAUUGUCAUCUAAACUGAGAUUGCUUCCCAAAGAGUGAUUUUUUGUUUUGAUUUGUUUUGGCUUGGUUUUGUUUUGGGGUAACCCAAACUAUCCUGACAAUCCAUGGCUUGUUCUAAGGGUUGUCUGAGACACAAUGGGUUGUCUUGUCAUCUGAACCUGGCAGAAUACUUUCAUCAUGGAUUACAGGAUGUGGUUAGCAAGCCAUUUGGAAAGAGUGGCGAUUCCUCUGCUGCUUUUUCAGUUUUGUACAUGCUGCUGUCAGUGACACCCCCUCCAAGCAGCACUUUGGAUUAACUAUCACUGAUUCACCUUUUUUAUUUUCUGCCCCCAGAAAAUUGUGCAACUGUUUGUAAUGCGGGGGUGGGGGGUGAUCUUUCAGCCGUGCGGUGCAUAAGUGUGUGCUUAGAAUUCCCAUAUGUGUUGUUCUGCUUUGUCAAUGGCCUUGUAAAUUGCAGCUUUCAAAAGGAAGUGUUGACAAGGUGAGAUUGCAUAUAAGCUAAUUUGCACAUACUUGCCAGUUGUGAAUUGUGAAGAACAGGAGAAAAGGUGGUGAAAGUAUUUACAUCUAAACAGGGUGGUGGUGAUUUCAUUCCCUUAGUAAUGUAGUCCUCUGGCUCUUAAGUUGAACUUACAGUUCUCACUCUCCUCUCCCAUUUGAACAGUUCUCCAAGUUUGAUAUUUCCUGUAUAUACUCUUUCAUCAGAUUCGGGAAGUAUCAACUUUCAACACCUUUUCAGAGCGCUUAUUGCAGCAGGGCCCUGACAAUUCUUUUAAAAGAGAGGAGGAGGAGGUGGCUGAAUGUGACCGAGUGAAUGGUGUGCCAUGGGGGGAGGGGUGUUAAGUACUGCUGAUAGUGCCCCAUUUACUUCUUUCUGUGGGAUGUGUGUUGUUUUAAAAUGUUGGGCAUAUUGCCUUUUUUGGACUGGGAAUAUACACAAAUUUAAUAGCUACAAAAUAAAUGGAAAGGAAAUCUGCACCAGUUUUAACAGUAGGUCAUCUCUUAAAAUGAAGAGUAAAUGUGGGUAUCUGCAGUAGAAAUGCAAUUUUUUUGGAACUGUCACAGAACUCCAGUAAAUUAUCCAAAAGCAGGAGGGACUGCUAACUUUUCUCCUUUCUGCAACAUCUGGAAAUUUGGGAAGUGUUGACAAGGUGGAAAACACUGUGAACUGUCUGUUCAGCACCUAAAAACCAGAGGAUUACAUUGCUAUUGCCUCUUUUGGUGUACCUGCUUUCCCCCUUCUUAGUUGACACGUGACAACUGCACAAAUUAGUCUAUUAGACUGGUUUUGUCAAUUUCCAUGUAUGUCAUCAACUCCAUUCUGUAACUCUCUUUAACCUCUGCAUUUUUUUAAGGCAAUACUACACACUUGAAAGCUUCAAGUACACACUUGUGCACUUGCAAAAGACCAACAGAAAAAAAUAAAAAUGACACUGUUGUGCAAUUUUCAGGAGCAGUUUUAAAAAUGACCUCAGUUGUGCUCUUCUGAAGCUCUUAAAAUAUACAUACAUACAUACAUACAUACAUACAUACAUACAUACAUAUUAAUGGCAGCAAAUGAAAAGAGGUAAUGAUUGGAGUGAGACAAGAUGGGUCCUUUAACAAAGGACACUGGGAUCCUGGCUGGAGAAUAAGGGGUAAGGAGGGGGAAAUCAAGCUAUUGUGAGUCCAAACAUCUGGUGGCUUAGUGCAAUGUGAAAACACAACCAUUGAAUGAAAUUGUAAUAGAUACCAGCUCUUCCCUAUGUAUUUAGAAUGUUGAUCCUGGAAAGAAUCUUAAAAGUAAUUAUUAGUCCUUUUUAUUAAACAAAAAAAGUCAUAAGGACAAAAGCUGGAUAUUCUUGAACUUAAAAAGAAACUAUAUAUGGUAUCAACAGCACUCCCAAUGCAACAUUUAAUUUAGUGUACUUCUUGCACAUGUUUUCAUUUAGGCCAUUUUUAAGAGUCUGACUUGUUAAAUACCUAUGGGAAUUUCAACUGCUCUUGUAAUAAACUCCCUCAAUAUUCACAAGCAAUAAAAGUCAAAGCUGUCAUUCUGGAUAGCUGAACUGAAUUGAUUGAGGACUUGGAGCUAAAAUGGCAAGCUCAUUCUGAGCCUCAAAUACAAGCAAUAAUUUUCAAAUACAGGAUUAGAAGCUGAAUCUCUUUUAAAUUAUGCCUUCUGCUAUGUGUUCUAACCCUAUGGGGACACAACAGCAAUUACUAGGUUGCCUGGGGUCUCUGCAAAGUAUGGAGAAAGGCAUUGAACUACAGGAUGCAAAACAUCAGGUGUUUUAAUACAUUGCUCUCCUCUAUUCCCAAGAUAAAAGUUGAUGGCUUAAAUCGUUUGGUUUUUUUUCCCUCAAGCUUUUUAUAUCUUACUGUUUCCAGGAUGCCUGAUGGGAACGUCAAGUCAAAGUCCUAGGUGUGGGUGCUGUGGGUUUGACAUCUGUUUCCAUGAAGUUAGAAGUGACUUUUAAUUUAUCCUGUAGGCUUGUGUGGGGCAGGCAACCAAGGUAUGCUUCCUCCUGUUCUUCGCCAAAUAAUUCAGCCUUCAUAUAGCCUCUCCAGUUCAUCCAAGUCAGUUGAUAUGAAAGUAAAGAUUCUGCAACUCCCAAGCUAUUACAAGUUAUACUGAACCAGAAACAUCUAAAAGAUUAGUUUCUUAGGACUCCCAACUAUCUUAUGUUUGCUGCUACAUUCAUGAAAAUAACUUUUGGUUAUAUUUAUAAAUAAAUACAAAUCUAGUUUAUAGAUUGGUUUUAGAGUUCUUUGCCCACAAGAAGAUUAGGACAUCUUGGUUUUUUGGAGUGUAUAUUGUGUUUUUUUUAUUUUUGGACUGUUAAGGAUAAUACUGCAGAAAAAAAAACUUGCAAUUAAGCUAAGCUUUGGAAGGUUUUUUACCCAUUUUACUUCCUCUGGUGGAAGUCACUGUAGAGUCAUUUGCUCUUUCUGUUUUCUGAAAACAUUGCAUAAAGGAAACUAUCUUAUGUGAAUCACUGGUCAACCAAUGUUUUAUGCAAUUAUAAUUUUAUGGCAACCUUUAAAUGUUUAUAUAUAAUUUGGUUCUGAUUCUGAAUGGUGUUACUCCUCCAACUUACUUGAUUCAGGCCUUUGUCCUUUGGUUAAGUGCCUUUUCUUUUUGUUCCUUCCUUUCUCUACAAAGUAUACUCAGAGGUCCUGAAGUGCUAGGAGGUAUUUGGAAGAAUCUUGGAACCUGCCAAGAUGACUUUAUGGCUGUUAAAAUGACUUUUCCCUUCUGUAAUUAGUGUUCAUUGUAUGUAAUGUUAUAACUGCUGUACCAUGACAUUAAUUCUUAUGUGCUUGCAUUGACAUGCAGCAGUAUUCCCAAGAGUCCUAAUGUUCCAUUUGUUUUCUGUAACAUUAAUGUUUACUUAUGAAGGUGAGCACUGAUACAGAUGAGAGUAUAGUAACUAGGUGUUUUUGAGCAAUUUUAAGGAAGUUGUUGGUGGGAAACCGACUGAGCCAUUCCCACUGGAGUUUCAGGUUGUAAAUUAAUAUAGUGCCAGUCUGCUAAUGGUAUAAAUAUUAAAUUCAUUCAUUAAUUACAUUUCUAUCCCAUUCAAUAGCCAAAAGCUCUCUGAAUGCUUGAGCUUGCAUUCCAAAAAAUUGGAAUAAUUGCUAGCAUAAAAAUGGAACAAAAAAAAUUCCACGGGUUACAGAAAUUAUAUCACAAAUUUUAUCACUAAUUUGUAUUACAGUUAGACUUCAACACUCUGAUACUAUUUCAACUCUGGCAACACAAAAAGUUACUUACACUGCAAGUAGUAAAACGGUCCUUUUCAUAUGGCUGUAAACAUGCCUGAGAAACCUGCUUGGACCACUAUGUACCUGUCCGGUAACUGAAUGGUAUAAAUUAAUCAGAGUUGUAGUUCCCAAUACAAUGAGAACUUCCUUCUUUUGGUCAGAUGCAUAUUUUAAAACCUGUCAGAAUCUUGCUAUAAGCAGCAUAUUUGCUAAUUUAAAGAAUAGCAAAAUAAUUUCAUAUAAAGAUCACAGCAAGAUUUCUCUCAAAAUGUCAAGUUUUUUUUUUUUACAAAGCCUUCUGUAAAUUAGUAAAUUGGUGAGAAUAGAAUGCAACUUAGAAAUCAAAAUAAGUAAUUAAUUUUAAAGCCAGUUAUAUAUUUGUAACAUUUAAUUUUGGUCUUAAAAUAUAUUUAACAAGGUCUAUUAUAGCCUGAAAGCAACCCUGUAUUCUGCCUAAAAUCAGUUCUGAAUGGACAGUUGGACAUUCUGAAUAACCUUAAAUAACUAUUGCAUUGGUAAAGGUGGCUCAGCACAGCUGAGAAUGUGUCUUUUAUGUACAGUUAGCUUUUUUCCGUUAUUACAGAAGAAACUGUCCUUGCAGUCAAAAAUGGUUUUGAAUGCACUUUCAUUUAGCAAGAGAAAUUCUUAUUAGAAGGGACUAGUUUGGCGCACUGUUGUUUGUUGGAUUAUAUAGCUAUUGCCUAAAUUGUGCUUUAUGGACUUCAAACCAUUUGGAAAGAAUGGACAUUCCCUUUGUUCUUAAUUUCAUCCAGUCCUAAGAGACUCCUAAAGUGACAUUCUUUGUGGGUGGAAGUGAUAGAAAAAUUGUUACAUGGAAGCAGUGAGCAUCCAUACAUUACCGUUACCCUUUUCUGAAUCCACUUCUCAGGAACCUAUUGUCCCCCCCCCCCAACUGCCUCCUUUUCACAGCUCCUACCAAUGUUUGGUAGUUAAAGUAUUAAAGAGUUUUGAGGCUCAGCUAAGGAACCGGUUGGACCCACCUCUCCAGGAAAGACAAAGUUCUUGGAUUGUAUCAAGAUUUACGUGUGUGCAAAGGUUGGUGGCAGUGGAUUUUGUGUCCCCAUCUUCCCUGCAGCAGCUACUCCAUCCCUCUGCAAAUGCUAUGCAAAGAGUUGAGAGAGCCUGCUGAAUAGGAGUGCUGAGGGAAGAGGAAAUUCCUCCCCAAUGGGAGGAGGCAUCUUCUGUGAGCAGAUACCCACUUCUGCCCAUCCUCUUGCAAUACCUAAAUCCAGAUCCACUCCCUUCUUCAGACCAUCAUCAGUCCUUUCCCCUAAGUGAAUUUCUGUUGCCAGUGCAGAAAAGAAGGAUUCUCUGGUUUCAUUUUACAAUCCUGUUACACUUCGGAGCCAUUUUUGUUCAAGAAAGAGUAACUUUGUUCCAUGUAACAAAAUAGUUUCUGAUGGCUUCCUUACUUUAACCUACUAAUCUAAAUGCUAGAAAUAAUAUCAAUAGGAUACAAUACAUAUUAUUACUGCUCACAUUACCCAGUUUGGGGCAUUUUACUUCGUGCUGUUGUCUAAUGGUGAAGAAAAUUAGAGGCUCUUGCCUAACAUAAAAUUAAAUUGGGAGAAAUUUGCAACUUUAAUGCUAAAUGAUAGGUAUAGAACUCAAACCUUAGAGGCGACGGUUUUCCAGGUCUAGGGAGAGUUUUAUUUUCAGCCCCUCUCUUCUCUUUAUAAGGCCUUAGUUUGAUUUUAGUAAGCAGUAAAACUAUGCAUAUACCUAGUUUUCACAUUCAGUACUAUAUAUAUUUCUCCCCACUAAUGUAACAUCUACCCAAAGAAACAUGAUAAUCUAUUUGAAUGUGUAUGCUACAGAAAUAUUUUUGUAACAUGGAAAUUAAAUUCUAGAUAAGGAGCAAAAAUGCUUUCAAUAGUACAGUGCUAGUGUCAUGAGAUGCUUCAUGGGAUACUAAAAAUCUGAUGAUGGUGUUAUGCAUUAAUUGACAUAAUCAAAUAUAAAGUAAUUAAGUAACAGUCAAAUUUUCCUCUUAUUUCCAUUACCAAAUGGAAACAAGUAAAUCUGCAAGUUAAUUACCUCACCUGUCUGGAGAGCAAGGUCAGACAGUUAAAAAGAUCUUCCUCUAGACUUUUAAAUGGAUGUUAAGUUGGGAUCUGCAUAUCUUUUUCUUGUACCCUCCAGUACUGGAUCUUCCAUGGAUUUGAAGAAUCAAGUUUUCCUGAUGUGGCAACUGGCACACUUCUUUAGUGUAUGCUCAAAGUUGAGGAUAGAUAUAAAUGUUUUUACAAGUAUUUUGACUGCCAGCAAGCAAAAAGUUUAUCACAUUUACCUUAGUUAAAUAAGCUUAUCUUCACUUUCUCAAAUAGCUGAGCAGUGUUACAUUGUCAGCAUUAUAAACUAGCUGCCCCCCUUUUUAACCACCCAGAUAUAACAUAUAAUGGUUAAAAUCCUAAUGUUAGUAUUUAGAUUGCUUUCUAUAGUCAGGUGCUUUCUAUAGUCAGGCAUCUGUGUGGUUAUAAAUGUGGAAUACUGAGCUGAAAUUCUUCAUUCCAGAACACAAGGAUAAGAUGUUUUUUCCUAAUAAAAGGAUUCCAGUAGAGCUUCCAAGUUUAAAAGCUAACACUUCUGUUGUCGUACAGUCUUGCUGAAUACACUAUCUGUGGUUGCUUUCUCAUUUCAACAUUCAGUGAAAAAACCCAGCUUUUAACAUUUGGUCCCACUAUACAAAUCAAGCAAGGAGACUUCUGAAUAGUUAACUCACUCUGAGAAAAUUGACAUGGAUAUUUAAACACAAUUACUAUAGGUUUUGUGUGGCCUUCCUUAAUGUAACAAGUUUUCUUACCAAGUAGUGGUGCUAUAAUAAACCAUAUUUCACAAACUCAUCCAAAGCAGUAAUUCUGUGUAUAGCUUGGUUCUACAACAUGCAGCAAUUACCUUGCUAGUUACUAUGACGUCAUGUAGGGAAGAGUACUCCCCUAAAACAAAUGUAUGUGAUAUGUACUCCAUGCAGCAAACAUAUAUAGCUUCUCCAAGUAAAGAGGGGUUUGAGUAGCCAAACAACUACUUAGAGACUGGUGCCAACUGCUUUUGGUUUAGCUUUUUAGGGAGAUGUGUUCUGUUGAGGUGAAGGGAUACUAGAUUCUAAAAUUAUUUGAUCUUUUCCUCCUCUCUCAAACUGAAUCUGAACACAAUAUUUGAAUUAACUAUUUUGUAAUAAUCUCAGGACUUGAAAGAUUGUAGCAUAGUGUGUCUUAAAUGAUGUACUGUACCAGCCAUGAAUUUUGUAAAUACCCCUGUCACUCUCCUUUUUGUAAUUUUUUUUAAGUAUGUGGGGCUCCUUACCACAAGAACUGGUGCCUGCUUACUUUCCAUGAAAAACUGGAGUAGGAAAAAGGGAAAGCUGCUGCCACAAAAAGCCUACACCAGUUCUAGGUCUGCAUUCAGGCUUGUUCCGUUUUUAAAAUGCAAUUUAAUUAACUGGGAAACAAAUACUUUUCCUCCGAGCACACUUUAUCAUGGAUUAGACCAGAAGAACAAAGUAGUAAUUUGUAUUUGUUCCAAAACCUCAUUGCUUGAGAUGUCUAGAAGAGAGUUGUCUUACUCCAAGGACCUGCCUACCUCUGGGGUCCAGAAAUUACUCUCCCAGUUUCUUCCAAACAGGGUGCAGAUUAUUGGGGGGAGGGGGGCAACAGGCUUCCUCUGAGAACCCAUCUAUAACUAGUUAGCAGAUAUCUAAUCUUAAGUGGGAGCCUUGUUCAACUGAGUGUAGAUGUACCUGUCUUUAAGCAUGGCAGGACCUUCAUGAGUGAUUUUCUUUUGUACGUGUCAUGUGUCUGUGCUGUAUUAAAUAAAAGAGGAAUGUACAUAUAA